CACUAAGUGGUUCAAUUUCCCACAUGUUGACAUUUCGCGAGUAAUUGUUUGUCACUGAAGUUUCCCUGGGUGCAGGCAAAGGGUUCAUCGUCCUACUUAGAAAGUGUCGCUAUCCAAUUGGAAAAUGUACGAAGAAACUGACAAAUUCGAUAACAUCCUCCUUUCGCUCGCCGAACAACAUCCUGGAGGAGUUGUGCAGCUCCUGCAUACAAUCGCAAGUUUCCUAGCCCGCAAGACUGAUUUCUUCGUCGGUGGAAAGGACGGAGAAUGGGAAAAGCUUUUGUUAAAGGAAUUCCGAAAAAUAGGCGACAAAGCGGUUGAAAUUCACAAGAAAAAGCAAGAGGAGAAGGAAGAGGAGCAGAAGCGUAGGGAGGAGGCCAUUCGUCGUAAGAAAGAAGCAGAGGAAGCGGCGAGCACGUCUCACAUCCGCGAGGUAACGGACGAGGAGGCUGAACAGAUUAAAAAGGAAAUUGACAGUGAAAAGCAAGCCAAGGGUGCGCCAGCGGAGGCUGCUGUUAGCAAACCUGUCGAUCCUGAAGAUAAAGAUGUCGACGAGGCCGAUAAAGGGAAAUUGAUGCCUAAUGAAGGGAACGGGUGCACCCUGGACAACUACAAAUGGACACAGACCUUGCAAGAAGUCGAGCUUCGAGUGCCAUUCAAAGUGUCAUUUAAUCUUCGUGCACGCGAUGUUGUUGUAAAUAUUGGCAAAAAAACAUUAACGGUUGGCCUGAAAGGUCAUCCACCAGUAAUCUCAGGGGAAUUAUGUGCUGAAGUUAAAGUCGAGGAAUCCGUUUGGGUGAUUCAAGAUGAUAAGAGCGUAGUCAUCACAUUUGAAAAGGUCAACCAAGUCAACUGGUGGGAUCGUCUUAUAACAACUGAUCCACCGAUUGCUACGCGUAAAAUCAAUCCGGAACCAUCGAAAUUAUCAGACUUAGACGGUGAGACACGUGGUCUCGUUGAAAAAAUGAUGUACGAUCAGCGUCAAAAGGAGAUGGGUUUGCCUACUAGCGACGAUCAAAAGAAGCAAGAUGUGCUCAAGAAAUUCAUGGAACAACAUCCUGAAAUGGAUUUCUCAAAGUGUAAAUUUAAUUAAGAUCUGUUUUUAUAUUUUCAUCCGUCGUAAAAUUGAACAAAACAAUAUAUUGCCCGUCGUAACGGUUAGCUUUGCACCCGUGUUCCGAUUUAAUUAAACUAUUAUUGUAUUAUACAAAUUUUUUAAAUAUAUUUUUUUCGAAUUUUUCCCGAUAUUAAUAAAAGUUUACGUUAAUUU